AUGCCCUCAUGGGCCCUCUGGCGCUGGCCGUGCUUUGGAUUAGCAGCUGCGACGGCGAGUGAAGGCGCCGAGUCCUUCGAGGACUUCGUCCAGCGAUUUCACCGCAGCUACGAAGCCGGGUCUCGAGAGUUCGAGGAGAGGCAUCGGAUCUUCCAGGCACGGGCGGAGGAGGUGCAGGCGCUGAAUCGCCGCCCCUCGCGCCGCUGGACCGCGGGCCUCGGGCCCCUGGCAGACUAUCGAGACGAGGAGCUGCAGGCGCUGCGCGGCUGGCGUGGCACUGCCGGCUCCCAAGCAGACGACCCCAGCGCGCUGGUGCAGGUGCGCUCGCUGCCGGAGCACUUCAACUGGACCUCGCUGGCUGCGCUGCGCGAGGUGGCGAGCCAAGAGCCUUGGCGGCAAAGCGGCAAACUUGUCGAGAGUGGAGUGAGCCAGAGCAAAGUGGCGACGUGGGCAGUGGGCCUGGCAGGGCAGCUGCGGGUCGUGUUGGGCCGUGACGAGUGCCGUGGUUUUGACGGCUCAUGCAGAGAUCAGCGGCCGGCCGCGGAGCUUCUCAGCUCAGGAAGCCCAGCCGCAGAGCUUGUGGAUUGUGUCCCGAAUCCGAAGCACUGCGGUGGCAAGGGCGGCUGUACAGGGGCCACAGUAGAAUUGGCGAUGAGUUAUGCCAUGCACGUGGGCCUUCGCAAAGAGAGCGAAAUGCCUUACAAAGCCAAAAGCAGCGAGUGCGGCUUGCAAAGCUUGCAACCUGCUCCGAGUACCCUCCAGACGGCCGCAGCUUUCAACCAGGAUAGUGGGCACGAGGCGCUGGACGUGAAGGAUCAGUACCGUGCACAGGUUGAAGAGGACUUAGCUGCCCUCGCUUACCUGCAUGAGCACUCGGACCUGCAGGCGCCGCGCGUGCACAGGGCCGCGGCGGACUCCGCCGGGCUUGGCUUCGGCCUGCAGGGAUGGGAGAAGCUGCCACCCAACCGUCAAGAGCCUCUCCUGCGAGCCCUCUACGAGCGAGGGCCCGUCGGCGUUUCGGUAGCUGCGACGAACUGGCAUCUCUACGCUUCCGGCGUUUUCGAUCAUUGCGGGAAGGACUCGGUCAUUGAUCAUGCCGUGACGCUGAUUGGCUACGGCAGGGAUUCCAAGUCCGGAGAUCUUUUCUAUUUGAUACAGAACUCGUGGGGCAGCAACUGGGGCGAGGGCGGCCGGAUUCGCAUUCUGCGCAGUGAUGCAGACGAUUCACAACAAUGCGGUUGGGACCGACAACCUGAAAAGGGCACUGCUUGCACUGGCGACCCUGCACAAGUUCGGGUAUGUGGCAUGUGUGGCAUCUUGUAUGACAGUGUUGUUCCCCACUUCGGGACUCUGCAGUGA